CGUUUUCUUGCGUUGCCAUCACGCAGACAAGAAGCUCAGGAGUGAAUGGUUCUUCGACGUUGAGUCUCUGGUCAAGCUUUAGUAUUUCUUCAACAAUCUUAUCACAGAGAAUCGAAACAUGGCGGAGCCGAAGACCAAAUACGAUCGACAGCUCAGGAUUUGGGGAGAACAAGGACAAGCAGCAUUGGAGAAUGCCAGCAUCUGCUUACUUAAUUGUGGUCCUACGGGAUCCGAAACACUAAAAAAUCUUGUUCUUGGUGGAAUUGGAAGUAUCACUGUUAUUGAUGGAUCUAAAGUUGAAGCAAGUGACCUUGGAAACAACUUUAUGGUGGAUGAAUCAACCAUUGGGCAAUCAAGAGCCAAAUGUGUAUGUGCCUUUUUGCAGGAGCUGAAUGAUUCUGUGAAGGCCAAAUUCGUAGAGGAGUCCCCAGAGGCAUUAAUUGAGACGAACCCAUCUUUUUUUUCUCAAUUUACUUUGGUUGUUGCAACUCAGCUGGUGGAAACUUCAAUGCUGAAAUUGGAUAGGAUCUGUAGGCAGGCAAAUGUUAUGUUGAUAUUUGCACGGUCAUAUGGCCUAACUGGGCUUGUUCGGAUUAGUUUGAAGGAACACAAUGUGAUUGAGUCAAAACCAGAUCAUUUUCUGGAUGAUCUCCGACUGAACCAUCCCUGGCCUGAGUUGAAGAGGUUUGCCGAAACCAUCGACUUAAACGUGACAGAUCCUGUGGUCCAUAAGCAUAUACCAUAUGUUGUCAUUCUUGUUAAGAUGGCAGAGGAGUGGGCCUCUAAACAUGGUGGCUGCCUUCCAUCAAACAGGGAAGAAAAAAAAGAGUUCAAGGAUCUUCUGAAAGCCAGGAUGAUUGCUUUAGAUGAAGAUAAUUACAAAGAAGCUAUUGAGGCUGCAUUCAAAGUCUCGACUCCUCGAGGAUUCAGUUCAAAUCUCCGCCAAAUAAUAGAUGAUACUGCUGCUGAAGUAGAUUCCACUUCAUCAGAUUUUUGGGUGAUGGUGGCAGCUUUAAAGGAAUUCAUUGCAAAUGAAGGCGAUGGGGAGGCACCUCUUGAGGGAUCAAUACCAGAUAUGACAUCUUUAACAGAAUAUUAUGUAAAUUUGCAAAAAAUCUACCAGGCUAAAGCUGAGGCAGACUUUCUUGCUAUUGAGCAACGGGUGAGGAAUAUUUUAAAGAGAAUCGGGAGAGAUACAGAUGUCAUUUCAAAGACAAUCAUAAAAAGCUUCUGUAAAAAUGCAAGAAAGCUCACAGUAUGUAGAUAUCGCCUAAUUGAGAAUGAGUUUUAUUCACCUAUCCUACCAGAGUUACAAAAGUAUUUGACAGAUGAAGAUUACAGCGUUGCUGUUGGGUUGUACAUUCUGCUUCGAGCUGCUGAUCGGUUUGCAACCAAUUACAAUAGGUUUCCUGGGAUGUUUGAUGGAGAAAUUGAUGAGGACAUAUCUCGUUUGAAGACUAUUGCUGUUGGCAUACUAGGUGACUUGGGUUGCAAUGGAUCAACCUUGACAGAGGACCUAAUCAAUGAGAUGUGUCGAUUUGGUGCUGCAGAGCUUCAUGCAGUCGCUGCCUUCAUAGGGGGAAUUGCAUCACAGGAGGCUAUUAAGCUCAUCACAAAACAAUUCGUGCCAAUGUCCGGGACUUUCAUAUUUAAUGGGAUUGAUCACAAGUCUCAAUUGCUGUUCUUGUAGUUUAUGAGAUGGGAAUAAUUGCCUCAAAAGUAACUGGGCUUAUUAUCAUUUACGUGCUGGAUUUGCACACUGUUAUGAUGUGUUGUCCGCACCUUUUCUCUGGUAAACAUGGAUUUUGUGAUUCUGCGUUCAAACUUUUGGUGGUGGAGUCUUUAGAGUCGGCCUCAGCUUUCGAAUUAUGUAUGAAGCAUGGCUAUGUCAGACUUGUCAUCUUUGAUUUGGAAGAAAUGCAUUGGUUGAAGAAAAAUUUGAAAACAAGAAGAGGGGAGGAGCAGGAUAGCAAAAUUAAAUGGAUUAGAAAGUAAUUUUCCUGGAUCUAUCAUGGUUGUUUUGAAGAAAUCAAUGAAGAACUGAAGUGGAUUUUUCUAUUUUCCA